UUCUAUGAAGUUAUUUGUCUGAGUUUGUACAGAGCAAUAUGACUGUUUGUCUUCCUUCCCCUAUACUGAUGCUUAAAUGUAGUGCCUUGAUAUAGUAGUCUUGUAAUUCAAGGAGCUUUCAUCCCGUUCUUUGUGUUUCUGUAGUCAGCUAUUUAUUAUUUAGGUAGUAUUAUAAAAGAAGAAAAAUGGCCUUUUGUGAAGAGAGGUGUCUGAAAAGCUUUUGUGUAGCUGGACAACCCUCUUAUCUAACCUGAGUUUUACCUUUCUUAGUUUAAAAAAAAAAAAAAAAAGAAUUGUUGCAGCAAGCAUAGGCAAUGACCAUUCAUAUUGCCUUUGAAAGUAACCUUAUUGCAAGUACUCAGUCUGAAUAUUUUACGGCAAAGAGAGUGUAAUAAACAGCAGCUAUUUGGUACAAAAAAACUAGAAAAAUACUAUCUGUUGCAGAUAGCAAUUAUCUUGAUUUCCCUGAAGCGUCUUGCAUUUUGGUUUCACUGAAAUACAAAUUUAUGACCCAACACAAUUGGUAGCAAAGACAGCUUUCUGAAAGUGGGUAGGGAACCAGUAUAUUAGACUUGAUUUGAUCUUAAGUUUUAUAGAGUGUGUGUAUGAGUAAUUGUAGUAGUGACCAGUCCAUACAUUUGAAUGAAAUGAGUAGGAUUUAUUUUCAGUCCCUAUGAGCCCUCUGCAUUCCUGAGACCCUCACCUCCAGGUCUAAGACUAUAGAGUGAGCAUUCUUCUGCCUUUGGGUGAAAAGUUAACUGUCUUUCUAAUAUGGAACACUACUCAAUACAUUAGUAGAGUGAAUUGACUACUAAUAAAUUCGAAGUAUCUUGGAUAUUCACAAAAGAGGAAUAUUGAAUAGAUACAAGCUAUUAGAAGGGCUGAUGAGGCCUUUUAAUGUACAGAAACAAAGCAAAGUAUCAUUUUCUUAAAUGGAGGAAGGCUUCUAGAGUAUUUUUGAAUUGAUAAAGUGAAACAAUUUUGAAGAACAGGUGAAUAUUUAACUCCGCAAGUCUCUUGAUUUAUUGCAAAGAAAACUGAUUUGUCAAUACAGUAUUCACGUGUAGAUUAACCUUCCAUUUUAUCAGAAAUGAUCAAGAUUCAGUCUUAACCAAAUCAAUUGAAAUUGACUGUGAUAUUAGGGAGGGAGAGCUUGGGGGUUUUCAUUUAGCUCGUGAGUAUGCUAGUUCUCGUGUGUUUCACAGGCUGAAGCAGGGUUGGUGUAUGUCAUAAUUGUUGAUUAUUUGCUUACUGAUACAUGGUAACUCAAGCUGUUGUAAGCUGCCAACUUUUGAGUGGUGAAGACACACCACCUAGUAUUCAUGACUCCUGACAACAGUGCUCAAGAGGAAAUUUGAGAAACCAGCGUACUGAGAUGAGUCAGUUACCAGGAAAGGAGUUAAGUGGAACAACUGCUGGAAGUCAAGAUUUGGUUCCUUGUGAAAUCUGUGGAAGACAUUUUGCACGAGAUGUUCUGCUGAGGCAUGGUCCAAUAUGCAAGAAAGUCUUCAAUAAGAAGCGCAAGCCCUUCAGUUCUUUGAAACAGAGACUGCAGGGAACGGAAAUUGCCACUGUGAAGAAGCAGCCCCCACGAAAGAACCAACUGGAGAGGAAAUCUAACUGGAGACAACACCAUGAGGAUUUUAUUAAUGCUAUUCAAUCAGCCAAACAAGUCACAAAAGCUAUGAAAGAGGGCCACCCUCUUCCCCCUCCUCCCCCACCAAGUGUCAAUCCAGACUAUAUUCAGUGUCCAUACUGCUUGAGAAGAUUUAAUGAGGCUGCAGCACAGAGGCACAUGAAGUUUUGCGAAGAACAAGCUGCUCGCCGUGCCUUUGCAGCAGGCCCAAAGACCACCAGACAGGCUUCAGGCAAGCAACCAGUGACUCAGAAAAAAAACCCAACCUUAACAGGUGCUGUGUUAUCAUUGCUUCAGAAGAGAGCACAAGAAGCUGCCAGUAAAAAUGAAUCUAGAUCCGAGGCCUCUCCUGGGAUGCUACAAAAAAACAGGAAAUCGUUGGGUGUAUCUGUUGGAAAAAAGUCCUCAGGAGAUGUUGGGUAA